AUGCUGUUGCGCAGCAACAUCCGCCAACCGCAAUUCGUCCGGUUCCGCAUUGCUCAGAUGGCCGCUCAUCUAUCCAGCUCACAUACAGGAAAUGGAAAUGGAAAUAGAAAUUCGCUUGUUACGGGCGUAACCCUAGCAGAACUACCCAAGUCCAAUAACUUCACAGCAAAACUACCUGCGGAUCCCGCAUUCGAAACCCCGGAAUCCUCUCACAAUGCGCCCCGCGAAGCACUAGGACCCCGGCUUGUAAAAGGUGCUUUGUUUACCUAUGUUCGCCCGGAACCUACAGAUCGACCUGAGCUGUUAAGUGUAAGCCCACAGGCGCUAAAGGACAUUGGUCUGAAAGACGGCGAGGAGAAGACGGCGCAAUUUCGCGACCUUGUCUCGGGAAAUAAAAUCUUCUGGGAUAAGGAGAAUGGAGGAAUAUAUCCGUGGGCACAGUGUUAUGGCGGCUGGCAAUUUGGUUCAUGGGCCGGGCAACUGGGCGAUGGGCGCGCCAUCAGCCUCUUCGAAUCAACGAAUCCUACGACGAAAACUCGAUAUGAGCUUCAGAUUAAAGGGGCUGGCAGGACCCCUUAUUCUCGCUUUGCUGACGGAAAGGCCGUUCUCCGUUCGAGCAUUAGGGAGUAUGUAGUUUCAGAAGCUUUGAACGCCCUGGGAAUCCCUACAACUCGUGCCCUUUCGCUCGUGCUGUUACCCAACUCCAAAGUGAGAAGAGAGCGGUUGGAGCCCGGAGCUAUUGUGACCCGGUUUGCUCAAUCAUGGAUAAGGAUCGGAACUUUUGACCUUCCCAGAUCUCGCGGUGAUAGAGAUCUCACCAGGAAACUAGCAACCUAUGUCGCGGAAGAUGUCUUUCCCGGUUGGGAGUCGCUUCCAGCAGCUCUAUCUUCGAAAUCGCCUGAUGCGAAAGAUACACCGUCUGUCGAUUAUCCUUUGAGAGGUGUGCCUAAAAACGAAAUCCAGGGAGAGGAAGGAGCUGAAGAGAACCGCUUCACUCGCCUCUAUCGAGAAAUAGUCCGACGCAAUGCAAAGACCGUUGCCGCGUGGCAGGCCUACGGCUUCAUGAACGGAGUGUUAAAUACCGACAAUACUUCAAUCAUGGGUCUUUCUCUCGACUACGGCCCUUUUGCGUUCCUGGAUAACUUUGAUCCGCAAUAUACCCCGAACCACGAUGACCAUCUCCUUCGAUAUUCAUAUAAGAACCAACCAAGUGUGAUCUGGUGGAACUUAGUCCGACUUGGAGAGUCCCUGGGUGAACUGAUGGGCGCUGGCGAUAAAGUGGAUGACGAGACCUUCGUUUCAAAGGGGGUGACUGAAGAGUUUAGCAAGAUCCUGGUACAAAGAGCAGGGAAACUCAUUGAUAACACUGGCGAAGAAUACAAAACUGUAUUCCUGAAUGAAUACAAACGGCUCAUGUCGGCGCGCUUAGCGUUGAAAGCUCCCAAGGAAUCAGAUUUCCAGGAGCUGUUCUCAGAACUGCUUGAUACGCUCGAGGCUCUUGAGUUGGACUUCAAUCAUUUUUUCAGACAUCUAUCUAGCAUUUCGCUCGCUGACAUCGACACCGAUGAGAAAAGGAAGGCUAUUUCAAGUAUCUUCUUUCAUAAAGAAGGCGUCGGGGGAAUAGGAAACACUGAAGAAUCUGCUAGGGGGCGUAUUGCAAAAUGGCUUUCUUCAUGGCGGGAACGCAUCGUCGAAGACUGGGGUACGGAAACUGAUGAGGAGAGACAGAAGGCAAUGAAAGCUGUUAAUCCGAAAUUUCUACCCCGAUCCUGGAUUCUCGACGAGGUGAUCGAACGUGUCGAGAACAAGGGCGACCGAGAAAUUCUCGACCGUGUCAUGCAUAUGGCCUUGAACCCAUUCCAGGAGGAGUGGAAUUGGAACAAAGACGAGGAAGAGCGAUUUUGCGGAGAUGUUCCGCAGUUCAAGAGAAUGACGAUGUGCAGUUGCAGUUCAUAA